AUGGGGAUGGAAAAAAAAUCCGUCUCGCUUCUCCUCAAUCCCCGAGCAACCGCCGCCCCCGCCUCAAACACUACCCCCCGCCUCUCAUGGCGACCUACGCGCCCGCCGUCCCGCGGCGGCGACUCGCGUGGGGUCCGUCCGUCCGCAGGCAGGCGUUCCGCGCUCCUCAGCCCCAGCCCCCAUCCACUCCCAGCCGCAAGCCCGCCACCCGCGCCUCCUUCAUCCCUCGGCCUAGCGCUGGACUGGAGCGUCGGCGCCGUCGCGCCUCCUUCCUCCCUCGGCCUGGCGCCGGGCUGGAGCGGCGCCGCCGCCCCCAAGCCGGCGGAUCUGAUCUGGAGUGGCGGCGGCGGCAGGAGCCAGGAGGUCAAGACGACGAUGCGGUUUUUCCGAUCUACGAGGAUGAAUUUUUUGUUGCGAUUCCGGAACAUGCGAAUUCUUCUACUCUGGUAUUCUGGACAAAGUUUCAAGGCGAAUGAGGACCGGGGGAAAAAGUAUCAGCCAUGCGGAAAGGCUGGCUUGUGGUUGGGCACUGAGUCGUUCUCUGAUGCAAAAACGUGUCCAUUUCACUGUAGCUAUACUCUACCAAUCUUGGACGUAGUGCAAUAUUUUUUUGUAUAAGGUAGGUUAAUGGUAUUGUACUAAUGGGACAUUUCACCGGACAUUGAUUAAAGUUCGAAGACAGCCUUUUCAUGCAUUUUCUUUC